AGGGAGAGAGAGAGAAGGCAAGCGUUCCCCCAGCUGUUUCCUGUCUACAGUGUCUGUGUUUUGUAGAUAAAUGUGAGGAUUUUCUCUAAAUCCCUCUUCUGUUUGCUAAAUCUCACUGUCACUGCUAAAUUCAGAGCAGAUAGAGCCUGCGCAAUGGAAUAAAGUCCUCAAAAUUGAAAUGUGACAUUGCUCUCAACAUCUCCCAUCUCCCUGGAUUUCUUUCUGCCUCAUUAUUCCUGCUAACCAAUUCAUUUCCAGACUUUGCACUUCAGAAGCAAUGGGAAAAAUCAGCAGUCUUCCAACCCAAUUAUUUAAGUGCUGCUUUUGUGAUUUCUUGAAGGUGAAGAUGCACAUCACGUCCUCCUCGCAUCUCUUCUACGUGGCCGUGUUCUUGCUUACCUUCACCAGCUCUGCCACGGCUGGACCCGAGACCCUCUGUGGGGCUGAGCUGGUGGACGCCCUUCAGUUCGUGUGCGGAGACAGGGGCUUUUAUUUCAACAAGCCCACGGGGUAUGGCUCGAGCAGUCGGAGGGCGCCUCAGACAGGAAUCGUGGAUGAAUGCUGCUUCCGGAGCUGUGAUCUGAGGAGGCUGGAGAUGUACUGCGCGCCUCUCAAGCCUGCCAAGUCAGCCCGUUCUGUCCGUGCCCAGCGCCACACCGACAUGCCCAAGGCUCAGAAGGAAGUACAUUUGAAGAACACAAGUAGAGGGAGUGCAGGAAGCAAGAACUACAGAAUGUAGGAAGACCUUCCUGAAGAGUGAAGAAUGACAUGCCACUGGCAGGAUCCUUUGCUCUGCAUGAGUUACCUGUUAAACACCAGAAGACCUACCAAAAAAAUAAGUUUGAUAACGUUUCAAAAGAUGGGCAUUCCCCCCAAUGAAAUACGCAAGUAAACAUUCCAACAAUGUCUUUAGGAGUGAUUGUUAAAAGCUUUGCACCUUGCAAAAUGGUCCUGGAGUUGGUAGAUUGCUGUUGAUCCUUUAUCAAUAAUGUUCUAUAGAGAAAAUAUAUAUAGAGAUCUUAGUCCCUGCCUCUCAAGAGCCACAAAUGCAUGGGUGUUAUAUAGAUCCAGUUGCACUACAUUUGUCUCUGAAUCUUGGCUGCUAGAGACAUUCAUUCAGCAGCCUUAUCUAAGUGGUUUAUUAAUUUUUUUAUUUGCACUUCUUUCUACGCAACACAGGCUGUUUGUUUUACAGUGUCUGGUAAUCUUGUUCGUCUAUCCCCCUCCCCCCUUCAUCACCUUUUUAUUUGCCAAAUUUGGCCUCCUCAAUAGCAGCAGCAAGCAGUCAAAUAGAACACCAAUUUUUAACCCACGAGAUUCCAUCUGUGGCAUUUGUACCAAACAUAAGUUGGAUGCAUUUAUUUUAGACACAAAGCUUUAUUAUUUCCACAUCUUGCUAAAAAAAAUUGCAAGUAGUUGCAACUUUGAGGCCAAUCAUUUUAGGCAUAUGUUUUAAGCAUAGAAAGUCUCAAACUCUGAAUGGUUCCUUCAAAUGAUGAGUGAGUGUGCGACCUAAUCAGUACUUCUCUCUUUUUAUUUUUUCCAUAUAAAGCACUAUGUAAAUUUAGCAUGUCAAUAAUACAGGAUGUAUCAAACAGUAUGUAAAACUCUGUUUUUUUAGUACAAUGGUGCUAUUUUGUAGUUUGUUAUAUGAAAGAGUCUGGCCAAAACGGUAAAAGGUGAAAGCAAAUUAAAAGAGGAGGCCUGGAGCCAAAGGUGACACAGAGGGGAAGGGUACUCAAAAUUUAACCAUUUGGGAAAGAAAAGUUCCCCAAUUACGCCUUCCAGAAGAAAUAAGACACAAAGUCCACUGAUGCAAAUUUGAUUGGCGAGUCCAGAGAGGAGUAGAAGAAGCAGAAGGCUAGGAAUUUUAACAGUCCUGGUUUCUUAUUCUCGCUGAAGAAACAAACAUCUGCCGACUCUGUCACGGACUCACCACUCUGUGACCUUGGGCAAGUCACUUCACCUCUCUGUGCCUCAGUUUCCUCAUCUGCAAAAUGGGGGCAAUAUGUCAUCUACCUACCUCACAGGGGUGGUAUGAGGAUUAAAAAGAUAAAGCUCCAGAUUUUUAACCUGAGUUGUUAUGAGGGCGUCAAGAUCAGAGCCCUUGAGUUGCUGGGAUGCAAGGAAUUCUAUGAACAACUCAUUCACAGCAUAGCUAGAAAAUUGAUAAGCUGAAUGCUCCUGACAUGCCAGUUCUUGUCAGUGAAGCUAUCCAACUAACUAUCCAACUAACUAGUUGUUAAAAGCUAACAGCUCAAUCUCUUUUAAAACACUUUUCAAAAUAACCUAGAAAUAUUUGAUCUGCAAUUUGAUUUUGAAUUCUGCAUUUGGAUUUAUGAAUACAAAGUGAAAAGAGAGGAAAAGAAAAAAGGAGAAAAACAAAGAUUUCUAUCAGCGAAAGGAUGAUUAUUCCAUUUGCUAGCACUUACUGACUCUGCCGGGAAGUUACUAAUAACCUAAUAAUACUUCUUUUAAUAUUAUAAAUGAUACUCUAUUCAUUUUGAAAAACAGUUCUUUCCGCUUUUCAAGUAAUCUAAAAAAAGUCCCAAGAUUUCAAAUAUUGAGAUAAUAACUAAUAAAAUGUCACAAAUUUACUUUCUUUAAUGAAUUUUGUUCUUAUCCUUGGAGAUACUGAUAUAUACAUAUAUUUUUGGUUAAAGUAUGCUUGACUAGAAUUGCUAGUUGAAAGACAAACAUUUCCUUCACAGCUAGAAAUUUUCCCUCAUGUCUGCUUAGAAGAGUGGCCUCUAGUCCUCUGUGGAUGUGUCUUAUCCAUUCAACUGAAAACUGGUAUCAAGAAAAUCCAAUGAUGAGGACAGGUCCAUGCUGACCUAGAAAAUAUUUCCUGUCUACAUAUCAAGAUUUUCUUAUUAAAACAAUGAAUCAUCCAUCAUUCAGAUCUUUUUAUCUGCCUUAGAACUUUUUGGUGAAAAGCAACCAGGCUUGAUUAUUCCAUGCAAACUAUAGCCCUUUUAUUCUUGGAGAGUGUACAUGCAAAACAAAAAUAACAUCUUUAGUCUUCUUCAUCCCACUGGUUCACCUCAAGGUUCAGAGGCCAGAAAAAAACAAGAUUUCCUGGAUCUCCGAACAUAUGCAAAAAGAAAGCCUAUUUAAUGGACACCUCUGGUCAGCCAACUAGUAUUUUAACCUUAGUCCACAGUGUUAUUUGAAUUUAGCACCCCUGGCAUGCAGAGCUAUGUUCUGAUCACUGUGGACAGAUGUAAAAGAAACCAUAGGUAAUUUUGCCCUUCAUCUGUCUUCUAGACAUAUGGGUUCUAUGGAAUGAGAUGCUAGACCCAUUUUCCCAAAAUGGCACUCUGAUUUUUAUUUCUUAUUCCUAGUGUGUACCUUUUAAAAUUACUAUAAACAACGCUUUACAUGCAACCUUCUGCAGACCUGUAAGUUUCCAGACAUAGUUGAAUACGGUAAUUCUAAGAGUGUCUAUGACUUAUUUGAUUCACUUAAUAAUUCCGUUCACAGCAAAAAAUACCCCAGUGAGGAAAGCUUACAUAUGUGAAGUCAUAUUACCCUUCUUAACUUUUUCUAGUACAUAGUCCUUUCCAACUGUAUCAUAAAUUAGCUAAUUAAAAAUUAACUAAUUAUACUAACCCACUAUCUUAUUUUCAAAUGAUUUAAAACUAGAAGACAAAUUGCUGUCAACUCCAGAAGUCAGCUGAUCACUAUAUUCUACAGCAGAACGACCUGGUACUGACAGAAGGAAGCACAUAAAAUCUUACAACUCAAAACUUUAUAAGCUUUGCUUUAGAAUUUUGAGAUGAGGCAAUAUCAAGAUGUUUAUGAAAGAGCUAUAAAUACUGGUAAGAAUGAGCUUUUAAUUUAUGGGUUGAUUUCCAGUUUAAUUGACAACACUGAAUACCUAGGUCAAAUUUCCAUUCCCACUUCCCCAAAUAGUAUAAUUGUGUUAUUCGAACAUUUUAAGAUGAGGAAGCUCCACUGAAAAAGUUAAAGCAUCUUUCCAUCAGAAUCCACUCUUCUAGAGAUAAAGAAAAACUCUCCUAAUACCCACCCUACACACACACACACACACACACACACACACACACACACACAGAGACACGUGCACACACACACUCAUCCUAAGAGUCCAAUGGAAUACUGAGAAGAAAUCACUUCCUUGAAAAAUCUUUAAAAAAAAAAAAAAAAAAAAAAAGCCUGGCCUCCCUUGAGAAUCCUUCCCCUCCUUGGAAUGUCAGUGUUUGUGUAGAUGAAACCAUCUCAUGCACUAUGACUUCAGGGUUUCUGUUAUUAGUUUAUGCACUUGGGAGAAUGCUUAAAAUGGAAGAUGUAGCACAUUUUGCUUUCCCAUUUAUUGUUUGGCCAGCUAUGCCAAUGUGGUGCUAUUGUUUCUUUAAGAAAGUACUUGACUAAAAAAAAAAAAGAAAAAAAGAAAAAAAAAGAAAGCAUAGACAUAUUUUUUUAAAGUAUGAAAAAAACAAUUCUUUAGAUAGAUGGCUUAAGAAAAUAGCAUUAGGUCUAGUCACCACCACCUUUCAACUUUAUAUCACUCACAAGUAGUGUACUGUUCACCAAAUUGUGAGUUUGGGGGUGCAAGGGCAGAAGAAGGAAAUUUUUUUAAGUUAGAAGGCUCCAUUAUUUUGUUGGCUCUCAAACUCAAUAAAAUUAGCAAUAUAUUAUCCAAUAUGAACACCUUGAUUCAAGAGCAUGGAGUAUAAAUGGGAAAGAAAAAAGAAAAAGACCUUAUAGGCAAAUGGCAGAACUGAAAAGAUGAUUAAGUUACUCAUUGAUUGUGUGUGUGCGCAUGUGUGCGCGUGUGUGUGCAUGUGUGUGCGCGCGCUCUCUGCUCUAAAACAGAUAUUCAGCAAGUGGAGAAAAUAAAAACAAAAAAAAUGCAUAGAUUCACCUUCUAAAAAUAGCUUCUGCCACAUCCCCCUUGAGUAAUUCUUUGGAGUUUACUGGUUUAUAGAAGAUAUUCUCCCUUCACCUAAACAUCUCAAAGAGCAAUAGCUCUCAUAAAAAGCAAUCACUGAUCUCAUUGGGAAGUGUUGGCAAGUAUUUCCUUCUGAGAUGGGGGUUAUCUACUGAUAAGGAAAGAGAAGAAUUUAUGAGAAACCGUUGAAAGAGAUGGCUAACAAUCUGUGAAGAUUUUUUUUGUUUUUGUUUUGUUUUGUUUUUUACUUUAUACAGUCUUUAUGAAUAUCUUAAUGUUCAAAAAUGACUUGUUCUUUUUCUUCUUUUUUUAUAUUGGAAUGAGGGAUGAUAAGUUAAACCCACAUAGACUCUUUAAAACUAUAGGCUAGAUAGAAAUGUAUGUUUGACUUGUUGAAGCUAUAAUCAGACUAUUUAAAACGUUUUUGCUAUUUUUAAUCUUAAAAGAUUGUACUAAUUUAUUAGAGACAGAUCCUAUUUGGUUCUCUUCAUAAGAAAGAGCAUUCCCACUCAAAUCACCUGGGCUUUCCCAUCAAUGUUUUCGAAAGAUAAAUCUGAUUUAUGCAUCAUUAUGGCAUCAUUUAUUUUGAAAUUUUAAAAUAAACUAAGCGCGAUUCUUUAUGCCCCUCUCCUGCAAUGCUCAUAAAGUCCAGAAUCUGAAGGGGCUAAAACAAGAGGAAAAUUUUGUUGAUUCUUUGUUUUUGGUUUGUUUGUUUGUUUUCAGUGCUAGUGUUUAAUCCUAUAGUACAUAUUUGCUUAUUGCUAUGUUAAUAUUCUAAAAGACUUUCCUGUUAGGUAUUAGAAACUGAUACAUAGAUAUCUUUUUUGUGUGAUUUCUAUUUAAAAAAAAAAAAGGAGAUGAGAAGACUGUCUGAGCUUUAAGUGCGUAUGGUACAGGAUAAAGAUACAAAUUUAAAUAACCAAAUCCUAUCUGGAACAAUACUUUUUGUAGGAAACCUCUCACAGAUGAGACAGAGGCCCAGGGAGUUUUUGAAACUGUCUUUUUCCCUCUUAGUCCUUGUUCAUUUAGUAUCUGCCUCAAAAUUUUGUAGAGGGCUGACCAAGCUGAAACCCUAGAAUUAAAGGGGGCUCUUUUAAAGCAUACAUUUCACAUGUUCCUUCUUAAUUUAUGAUGCCACAUUGAUCUUAAAGACGGUCACCGUUUCUCCCCAUUCUUCAGCUGUCAUUGAUAAGGUCUUUCAAGAAAAAACAACUUAAAAAGAGAACACAAAAGUUCAAAUGUUACUGCCCAAUUGAAAUGUAAGUUAAGAUAGAGAUAGUUUCUCCCAUUUAACCCCUGCUGAAUCACCUGUCACCUUCCAAAUGACCUUCACAAUCCUUAGAAUAUUCCUUUUUUUAAUUGUCCAGCCCUACUGUAUCUAAAAAUUAAACAUUACUCAUUUUCUUUUGCCCAAAAUGCACUGAUGUAAAAGUAGGAAAAAUGAAAAAAGAACUCGAAAAUCCCUUCCAAACCACCCAUUGGCCCCACUCACCUACCCAUAGCAAGGUCACUACUGUUAAUCCCUUAAUCUGAUUUUGUUUGGAUAUUUAUCUUGUACCUGCUGCUAAACACACUGCAGGAGGGACUCUGAAACCUCAAGCCACCUACUCACAUCUCUUAUCUGUGUCUGUGUAUUAUUAAAAUGUCUAUUCAAAUAUCAAAAACUUUCAAACAUCAUGUAGCUUGUAUUCAGUUUAUACAAAGGCCCCAAAUACUAUGUCAGAUCUCUUUUUUGCUGAGAGAGCUAAUGAAGUGUGAAAACUGGGAUUACAUCAUGUGUUUUGCUUCAUUUGUUUUUAUCACAUUUAGGCCAAGUGUGAUAAAUAAACUUACAGACACUGAAUUAAUCUUCCCUGCUACUUUGAAACCAGAAAAUAAUCAUUGGUCAUUGAUUUUAUCUGUCUUAGUUCAAAAGCAUAUUUUUUAUUAAAUUAACUCUGAUUGUAUUUGAAAUUAUUAUUCAAUUCAUUUAUGGCAGAGGAAUAUCAAUCCUAACGACUUCUAAAAAUGUAACUAACUGAAUCAUUAUCUGACAUUUACUGUUUAAUAAGCAUAUUUUGAAAAUGUAUGGCUAGAGCGUCAUAAUAAAAUGAUAUAUCUUUCUUUAGUAAUUACAUUAAAAUUAAUCAUGUUUGAUUAAUUAGUUCUUUUGGACAA